GCGCUCGCCCGCCGUCCGCCGCGCCCGGCCCUCGACACCCUCACCAUCAAUAAAAAGAUGCCUCCCCCAGUGUAAAUACUCACGUGUGUUGUCGUAACAUGUCAAUUUAGCCGCGUAGUAAACAUUCAGUACGUGCGAACCCGUGAUUGUUAGCUGCCCGUAGUGUCUUCCUCUGUAGAUGUAUGUGAUUGACUGUUAUAAGAGUGCAGUUUGUUUUGAUGAGGUGUGAGCAAUGAAAGAGUACUGAAAAUUAAAAAUAUGUAAAUAGGUCUAUUAUUAAAAGCAAUAAUCCUCUUUAACGUAGAAACCCCGUAGCAACUAGAGACGCUGCCGAGUGCUAAACUUAUAUAGUUCUAGACGACUUUGAUACAAAUUCUUCCAUAUUUAAAUAGUGUUGUAAACGGUAGUGUAAAAAUAAAGAUGGUUGACGUUUAAAAUUUGAAAAAAGAAUCAGUGAAGAAUGUUUUUAAAAAUGGAUGGAAUACCGUUAAGCCGGUUGCAGCCGGAGUACAGUCAGUUGCGAAAGUUGGUUUGAAGUUGGACAAAAAUAAUGUUAAUAAAAAGAUGCCGCAGCGUGCGCCGACGUCGUCAAGCUUGAUGCGGCCGUUCGUGGUGUUGGCUCUGCCCGGGAUGUAUUUGCUGUAUAAGUACAACCAGUACCGACAGCAGCAAAUGGAGACCGCGCGACGCCGCGUCACUGAGCGGGAGCUUAUGCACCUCAACACUAAGAUCGACAAACUGCUCAAUAAACUAGAAGAAAACGAGCCCGAACUAGCCACUUCGCCAGAGGAAGAAUGUGUAAUAUGCGUGAACGCAAAAGCGACGAUGCAGACGUCGCCGUGCGGGCACCGCGUGGUGUGCCGGCGUUGUUUCGUGAAGACUAUUCAAAUGGCGGUCAGUCAGCGCCUGCUGCCGCUGCGGUGCGUCAUCUGCCGCGCCAAGAUCCUGCGCCUGCGACAGGCACCAAGGCUAGUCACCAGCAAAAGCUGGCAGGUGUCAACCAGCAGCGGCAAGGGAUGGGGCGUGCCGGGCUCGGUUUCCAGCUACUCCGUGGGGGCGCGCUCCGUGCCCGCCUCCGCCAGCCUCUACUCCGUCACCAGCGGCGAGUCCUCUCUCUCUGGAGUGUCUUCCGUGUCGUCAAACAGCGGCGGCAACGUGAGCAAUGUGAGCACCCCGUGCUCCACGAAGCUGUGUGGCGGCGCUAAGUGCGGCGGCGCGUGCCUGGGCGCGGUGCCGCGGGCCACGGCGUCCGCGCCGCCCCGCGCGCGCCAGCCCGCCUCUAACGCACUGCGACGCUCGCAGCAUCAUAGCAUGAAGGCUCGCCUGCAAGAGUACCAAGUACACAGCUACACGGGCGGGCCUCCGUCGGGCGAGCCCUCAGGCCGCCUGCCUCCCAUCCGGGAGUUCCAGAGAGAGUUCCGGGAGGGACGCCGCGAGAGCGCCGCCGCUGCCUCCACCUCUACUAGGAUAAGAUGUGCCCAAAAAAUAGUGACGCAGCUAGAAACCUCGCCGCAAAAGAAAUCGCAGCACUUCUUCCGACCUUUGAAACCCUCAAACAAGGAUGACCCUCCCAAAUCCAGAGAUCAAAGCAAAGAGACUGAACGGAAAAAGGAAAACCCCAAAGCGAAACCCAAGAAAGACGACAAGAAGAAAAAAGAUGAUGAAAACACAAAACAAGAAGAUAAAAGUAAGAAGGAGGAGAGCAGUGACAACAGAAAGAACGAGAUUGCCGAGAGGAAGAAGGAAGAGAAAUUGAGGCUCAAAGCCGAGAAGGAGGCAAAGAAAGAAGCCAAGCUUCAGGCCAAAGAGGAGGAGCGGCAAGCCAAGCUGCUAGCCAAGGAGGAGGAGAGACAAGCCAAACUGCUCGCGAAGGAAGAGAAGAAGAAGGCCAAAAAGGAGGCGAAGCUCGCGGCGCAGGCUGAGAAGGAAAAAGAGAAGAAUAAAUAAUUAUACCGUUUAAAUUUUUACAUUGUAGGAACUCGUAGCCGUCUUUAGAUAUUAGAUUCGAAAUUUGUUAUUAUUGACAAUUUUAAUAGAAUGUAAACGAGUCUAUUGUAGUCAGUCCAUACAUUAACAUUUUCUCAAUUCCUUUGUAAUUUUGAUUGGUAUGUGUUUGUCAUUACUUUUUUUGGUUUUGUUGACUUGUUUAGCUGCAACUUCCUCAAAUUGUUAUGUAACUAGGAAUGUAUAUAGUUUAAAACAUUGUUAUUAUGAGAAGCAAUCUAAAUUCAUAGUUGUUGGGUCAUAGUUGGAACUCUACAAACCGCGAAGACUGAAAGAAUGGGAUAAUGAAAUCAUAUCGUUUUGUAUUACUUACGUAACAGUGUAGUUAAGAGCUUCGUGCAUUCCAGCACCGCCAAAGAAUUUAUUUAAGGUACUAAUUUGUCGUACUUAGUUCGUAGUUUGUUUUAGGCAAAGCUUACAUUAUGUCUAAGAAUUAUUUUCAUAAACAAUUGUGUACAAACUGCAAAUAUUUUCAUAAUUUUAAGAGUUCAAAGUCAAUAAGUUUCCGGUUGUCGUUUCAGUAAAUACGCGAAUAUAGAUCAUGAAGCCUCAACUAUUUUCAAGCUUCAAUAACUAAUAUUGACAUAAGAUUUCCUUUUCCAUAAUAAACCAAGACAAUGCAUGUGAACCAUAGCUAACCAAAUAUAUUUUAACCCAUUGUAAAUGUUAACGUAGAACCAUAUCAGGUCGCGAGUAGCGUAUGCUAGAUAAGUGUUGACAUUAAUUUUGUAAGG